GCUAGCGAGAUCAUUCCGAACAUGGCGGCGCCCAUGUUAUCGCUGACUUUCGCUACUUUCGCAGUACUUUCGCGUACCGUGGAGUUUUGUUAUGAGAAAGUUCUCUGAGAAGCUGCGUCCAACACUCACCCCGUGAAGUUUUAUUGCAAGAAAUGCCAACGCUAAUGUGUAAGCAGUGAAGAUGCAGACCGAGAUCAGUCGCUUGGCUUCUCAAUUAGACCAGUGCUGUGGCGUCAACGAUGUCCGCUUCACGAGAAGUUUGCUCAAGAAGGUGUACUCUCUUAUUGCAAGUGGCCACGACCUGUCGCAUUUAACGGGGAGACUCGUGAAACUUCUCUCUUCACAGGACAUCCUGUCAAAGAAAGUAGCGUGCCUUUAUGUACUAAGAUGCAAACAAAGCGAAGAGGUUGGAUUACUUGCCGUCAACUGCCUCCUAAAGGACACCGCAGACCCAAACCCCAUCUACCGCGGGCUCGCACUAAAUACUCUCUUCAGCGUUCCAGCUAUAAUGGAACAGGCUGUGCCGAGACUUGUAGCUGGACUUGAAGACGCGAGCGCUUACGUUCGCCGAGCGGCGGUGUCGUGUACUCUGAAUUUGUAUCAGUGCCACGCGAACAUCGUAGACGAGCUGGAUCUGGCUGACAAGCUGUACGCCAUGAUAAGGGAUCAAGAUCCCAUCGUCGUCGUGCAAUGUCUGCAUGCUCUUGACGAGAUCCUGCAUGCCGAAGGUGGACUUGCCGUGAACAAGAAGAUAGCGACUUACCUUCUCAAGCAACUUCCGCUCUUCGGCAACUGGGACGCGAUUGCUGUGUUUGGAUACCUUAAAAAAUACGAGCCCAAAACGGAAGAAGAGGCACUUAUGUUUGUCAAUGCCCUUGAUCCCUACCUAACGUCAAACAGCAUUGCUGUACAACUCAGUGCCUUUGAACUGUUUGUUCAAGCGACCCACAGUAUGUUGAAUCACUUGCAAAUGGAGGGUGUUUCACAGGUGUGGUCGAAACUUUCAACCAGCCUUGGCUUCUGCGAUCAUGAAAUGACAUGGACAGUCCUUGAGUGGGUGGAGAAAUUUCUGCCAUCUUAUCCCGACAUUUUUAGGCCACACUUGGUGAAAUUUUAUGCAUGGUUUUCGGAUCCUCCUGCGCUCAAGGUGAAGAAGAUGAAGAUACUGAAGUGCCUGAUGCACGAGAGCAAUCUGCUUGAAAUUUGCAAUGAACUUCUUGGCUUCUGCAACGACCGAAAUGGCGAUGUUCACAGAUGCGCCUUGCAGCUGAUGGCUUCCCUUGCCAACAAACACAGUGAUGCAAGGAAGCUGCUAAUAUCCAAGCUGCUGCCUUUGCUGAAUGUCACCAAUGAAGCGCUGGUGACAGAUGUCCUGGGAGCUGUGUGCACAUUAAGUUUCGACAAGUCCGAAGAUAGCAGAAGGGUGUUAGACAGCAUCGUUAAAAGGAAAUGGACGUGUGACAGUGCUGAAUUCAAGUGCAAUCUUAUUAAUAUAAUCUCUACGCAUGGUCUCCACUUUGAACCUUCUGUGUACAUUCUUGAAGACUACAUUGAGAAUAUAAAAGACGAGGAGGAAAGCGUAAAGCAGCAUAUCUUAACUGCCACACUGAGACUGUUCUUUGCAAGGCCGUGUGAAGUGCAAGACCUGCUGGGCAGAGUGUUGGACGUUCUGUGUGAAGCCAACAAUCCCUUUCUUCAGGCUCAGACCAGGUGUUACUAUGAACUUCUGCUUCACAAUCCUGACCUGCUGAAGAGCAUUAUUUUUUCAUCUUGACAGAGGAUGUCUCUGUCAGUAGAACAAAGAACUUCUAAUGAACUUUGCCUGUGUAGUGAUGCAGGGAUGAGAAUGAGCCAUCUUUAAUUUCUCUAGUGCUAUAAUACAGAUCAAAUGAACAAUGUCUCAAUCUCCUUUGCCGCUGUCUUCAGAAGAGCCGAGUACAGUGGUGUCCA